AUGGAGAUUCCGCCCGACAUAAUCCCCUGUCUGCAGCUUAUCCGUGGGAUGGAAGUUCUACCUGAAUCCCCGGCAAAGUUGCCAGUCACGCUUCACAACCUUCCCACCGAGCUUCUUCUACACAUCGCCUCCUAUCUUGUUCACACCCGCCACUGGAAUGCAAGCUUGCGCAGCCUUUCACUCGUAUGUCGCUCUUUGCGACCAAUCGCGCAAGAGAUUCUGAUAAUCAAUCCGCAACUGCAUACUUCUUACAUCCCCCUUUACAUCCACAACGUACUGGAGUAUGGCCAUAGGUUACGUUAUCAGGUCAAGACUGUUGAACUCGAAAGCAGCCUGCACGAAGAUGUACGUGAGCGAUGUGGGGGUCAUCGUACAGAUCCGCCAGCGACAUCUCGACGUGAUGCUGCGCUUCUUUCCUGGAUUGAGGCGAUUCAAGACCCCGACCGGAUAAAAAACCCACAACGUCAAUUUCACCUGUUGAUGAAAGGUUGUAUAGAACGAGAUCGCGUUGAUAAUCUGUCGACGAACAGUAUCUUAAUGGAUGAUAGGAGCAACCGGGGGAAGAACAUAGAUACAUUCAUUGUUCCAAUUCUUGUGCUUUUCCUCAUCAACAUGUUCGACAAUCUGAGGGAGCUGAAAUUGGCUGGAUGUGUCGUACAGCAUUUUCCGUUUAUACUUGAGUUUGAACCAAAUAUAGACAGGGGUGGUAGGAUUCUUCGUACAGAAGUUUUCCGGAAAAUGAAAAAGCUUGAAAACCUCGAGUGGCCUGGGAAACUGGGCUUUCGAACUUCAAUUGACGCUCGAACGAGGCAGAUUUAUCACAGAUUCAACAUUUGGACAUCGGUCAAGGUUUUCAGCGUGCCUAUGUGGAUGCUUCGGGUGUGGGGUUCGCCGAUAGCGAAUUGGCUGCCUGGAGUACCAUUGCAAAAUAUCUUACCUGCUGGGCUGGUGUGUCUACGAAUUACAGAGGCAGAAUGUGUCAUCGGCAGACUUGUGACUAAUCUGUGUAUUGCCUGCAAGAACGGGCAUCUCUCUCAGCUUCGACGCCUGGAAAUUUACUUCAAAGGAUGCAUCGACAGGGAGCGCUUUUUGGCUUCUGUUUUACGAUAUCCAGACCCAUGGAUCAGCAUUCCCCAAAUGUGCGCUGAUGCAAAUCUGGAACUACUUCUGUGCUCCCCAGGUCCCUGGAAGCCGUGCGAUAUCCAAUACGAUGUAUUGGGAGGUACGGUCUGGUCGCUGAGAGAGCAAGGAGAACUAGGGCCUGCUGUAGUUCCAGAGGAAGUUUUUCGGGCGAACUCUUUCUGCAAAGCGGAUUAUGUAACGGGGUGGGGAUAUACCGGCAUAGACUUGAGGAUUGAGCGAGAAUGGGACGCGGACGGAGACAUCGUGAUGCAAUCAUGAGGAACACGGCGACAGGACCACUAUCCGACGAUUCGAUUUUUAUCAAAAUACAGCGCAGGAACUAUUCCAGUAAAAAUGAUCAAGGUCAGCCACUUGAAAGACUUCUCAGGGUAGAUGGAUCAUGGUCAAGACUCAAUGGUAUCGUCAAGGCGAGAAUCGUACCC